AAAAAGUCACAGCUAGCUAGCUGCCCUCUCUGUAGCAAGCAAGAAAGUUCAUGGAUUCAAAGAAGUCUAACAAGAUCAGAGAGAUUGUUAGGCUUCAACAGAUCCUGAAGAAGUGGAAAAAGCUUGCUAAUGCUCCAAAAAACAGCUCCAUUAAUACUUCUAUUUCUAGCUCUACCAGCACCACCAAUAUUAGCAAUGGCAGUAAAAGCAUCAAGUUCCUAAAGAGAACACUCUCCUUCUCAGAUGUUGCGGGGGCUUCCACAGAUGUCGUCCCGAAAGGCUUUCUUGCCGUUUGUGUAGGGAAGGAACUGAAGAGAUUCAUCAUCCCGACACACUACUUGGGUCACCAAGCAUUUGGGAUAUUAUUGCGAGAAGCCGAAGAAGAAUUUGGCUUCCAACAAGAGGGCGUGCUCAAAAUUCCGUGUGAAGUAUCAGUGUUCGAGAAAAUCUUGAAGGCGGUUGAAGAGAAAAGGGAGGUAUUCUACUUACAUGAGGUUGGUUUCGAUGCUGAAAACGAAAAGAUUGGAUACUGCUACUCAUCGGAUUGUGAGCUCACACCCUCUCAUCAUCCUCAAAUGUGUAGAUGAGAAGAUGAUCACCUGAUUUUUCUGCUUCACCAAAUGCAUGCCUUGCUUCUUUUCUUUUUUCUUUUUUCUUUUCCCACUUUAUGUUUUGAAUGUAAUGUAUAAUUACCGAGAGAAUAGUGAUCGGAUCUGGGGAGAUUUUAGAGUGAAUAAGAUCUGUAUCGACUUUCACGAAGGAAAAUAGGUAUGAAUUAGUUGCAUAUGGAUUAGGAUCCAGGUUGUAUCGUAUCUGCCAUUAUUUUGGUGGAAAAGGACAAUGAUUUUCUCCAUUAUAAAGGAAAAAGCUCCUUGAGUUUCCUCUC